UAAGUAGAAGGUAGGAAAGGCUAGGUCUUGGUUUUGGGAGGUGGUGGGUGCGUCGCUCUCAGUAACAAACAUCUUAUUCAGGUCCCCUCAAGAAUGAUGGACAGUGGAGAUCUCCCUCAUCCAAAUUGGAAGGUUUUAGCAACAGCACAUCUGAAAUGGAAAGUAUUUGUCCAAGCAAAACCUGAAACCCAGUCUGAAUCUAAAGAAGAAAAACAUAUUGAGAAAAGUUAUAUCAGUGGAGAGGAUGCUAAAAAGUUCUAUGAAGGCUUACUACAGCAAGAUGCAGUUGCAAGCACAAGUAGAAAUACUGGUUCCUCUCGUACAGAUUUCUUAGAAGAAGAAUGUAGCUCAGAAGAUGAAGAGGUAAAUGUGGAGGCUAAAAAGUGCUGUCCCAAAAGCUUACACAAAGCAAUGAAGCAUGCCCAGAAUAAUGAAGAAGAAAAUUUACGACAGAUGUUGGACAACGGCCUCAGUGUCAAUGCAAAAGAUGAAUAUGGAUGGUCAUUACUUAUGGUUGCUGCUUGUGGUGGUGCUAAAGCUGUUGUGAAAACUUUAUUGGAGAGAAAGGCAAGAACUGGUACAAGAGAUUCUAAAGGAAAUACUGCAAUCUACCUAGCAAUGUUGAGGGGUCACCAGGACAUUGUGGAUAUGUUGAUAAAAGCUAAUAAGAGAAAAGAUGAGGAUUCUGGUGCUAAUAUAGAUAUUGUUUCCAGUUCAAGUAACAUAUUAGAAAAAUUUUAUUGUGAUAUAUGCAAAAUAACAAUUGAAACUAGUACACGUCUUCAGCAUGAAACAUCAAUUGUUCAUCAGUUCAAUCUUGGUGCAGGAAAUAAUAAGACAGUUUAUGGAAUUCCUGCAAGUAAUAAAGGUUUUCAGAUCCUUGUAAACCAAGGCUGGGAUACAGAAAAAGGUCUUGGUCCUGAUAGCUCUGGAGCCAAAUUUCCA